AUGGGGUUUCCAUUGGAAAACAUUAUGCGCGUAAUCACGACCAUAUCGGCAUUGUACAUGUGCGCAAGUCCAGCGUCAAACGUAUUCCAGAUUCACCUACGCCGUGAUGUCGGGAAUGCGUCACUUUUGCCAUUUGCAACGCUCUGGGUCUGUAAUCACAUAUGGAUGCUGUACGGAUACGUUACAGGCAACAUGUUUCCUGUAUUCGCUACGUAUGCCAUUGGCGACGCACUUAGCAUCAUUUUCCUUGCAGUAUACAUCCGCUGGACAACAGAGCGCAAAGCUGUCUUCAAAACGUGUGCCAUUGCUCUAUUCUGCAACGCGGUGGUGACUGCCUAUGUUAUCCUGGGCAAGAACGGAGGAUUUCGACACUCACAGCAAACCAUGACGUUAACUAUCGGCGUAUCUGCUAUUGUCUCCAGUCUCGCACUCUACGCGUCGCCUCUUGCUGCAGUCAAGAUUGUAUUGCAGACCAGGUCGUCGGCUUCGCUACCAUUUGGCAUGAUCCUCGCUGGAACUAUUAACAAUCUCCUGUGGGUUGGGUAUGGGGUCCUCGUAUACGACCUAUUCGUGAUCGUCCCUACCAGCGUCAAUGCUGCACUUGGGCUCGUUCAAGUGGCUCUCUACGGCGUGUACUACCCGUCCCAUUCUAAAGCUGGUGGAGCUAUUGCAACUCCGGACGGCGAACUCUCACAGAUUAGCUACCUCGCGAUGGGAUCAGUCACGCCCUUGUCAAUAGCCAACGUCAAGCAGGGCACAGACGUCUGUGUCCUUAUGAUAGAGGAGCCCUGUCAGCCAGAAGAGAAUAGGUAA